CGGUCCAGUGGCGCUCGGUCAACUGGUCAAGUAUGCUGGUAACGAGCUCGAUGCUGUCGACGCCACACCUCCUGCCCUGGUGGUUCCCCUCGAUCAACUCGAAGCUGAUGAUUGGGUUGCGUGGGAAACUAGUGAACUUGACGGCCAGGUGGUUAGUCUGGAUAUUGGACGGAUCCAUCGUGUCGAGGGUUCUGUUGAGGAUGAAACCUUCAGAGUCUACCGUGCAAGACGGUUGGCCAGUGGUGAUUUCACGAUGCAUCAUGCCGAUCCCGUGGUGGUCAAGGUGGACGACGUCAUUUUCAGUGGAUCAUGGCUGAAGGUUCCGCUCAGUGAUGAGUCUCAGUCAAGGCUCAGUGCCUUUGGAUACGACUUGGACGCCUGA